CGGAAAUAAACGAGGGAGGCGGCGCUUCUUCCAUCCCUUCUCCAUAAACCUUUUAAGACCUUGACUGCAUAUUUUUCUACAUAAAUACCAAACACAACGCCCAAUUCAAACGCAGAUGCCCCAAAUCGGUACUCCUCUGCGCCUCUUCUUCUCCGCUUCUCCACUCCUCGCUCCACUGAAACCCUCUCUUUCUCUGGGCAGAACCAAAUCUUUCUCUUUCUUCACCUCCAUCUCUUCUUGCUUCUCACAACGACGCCACGCCGCCGCUCGUCAGUCCUCCAAUAUCAGAAAGAGGAGCAGCAGUACAUUCAAGGAGGACAGGAGUAGAUACGGAAACAGGGACAAAGGGCUCCUAAUGGAUGAAACUCAGUCCUUGGCGUUUAAUAAAAGAAAGGCCGAGGGAGGAGACAAGAGUGAUAAAUCCAAGAGGAAUCUGCAGCAUAAAGAGCGCAAGCUCAAUCCUGUCAAUACCAUAGCCUAUGUGCAGAUUUUAGGGACUGGAUUGGAUACUCAGGAUACAUCGCCUUCAGUCCUGCUCUUCUUUGACAAGCAAAGGUUUAUUUUUAAUGCUGGAGAGGGACUACAACGAUUCUGCACAGAGCAUAAAAUUAAGUUAUCGAAGAUUGAUUAUAUAUUUCUCUCUCGUGUCUGCUCAGAGACAGCGGGUGGACUUCCAGGUUUGCUUUUGACUCUGGCUGGCAUUGGAGAACAGGGAAUGUCUGUCAAUGUAUGGGGUCCAUCUGAAUUAAAGUAUUUAGUUGAUGCGAUGAAGUGUUUUAUCCCACAUGCUGCCAUGGUUCAUACGAGUAGUUCUGGUUCUACUUCUUCUUCUGAGGCUGCGGCUUUGCCUAAUACAAGUAAGUUUGUGGACCCCAUUGUUCUUGUGAAAGAUGAGGUUGUCAAGAUAUCAGCAUUUCUCCUGCAACCAAGUUCCUCACAAGGGUCUGCAAAAAAGCCUGUUGAUAUGUCUGUCGUAUAUGUUUGUGAAUUGCCGGAAAUUAUGGGGAAAUUUGAUCCGGUUAAAGCUAAGGCCCUUGGUUUGAAACCUGGUCCAAAGUAUAGAGAACUACAACUUGGUAAUUCAGUGAAGUCAGAUCGGCAUGAUACCAUGGUUCAUCCAAGUGAUGUGAUGGAUUCUUCUGUUCCUGGUCCUAUCGUAUUACUUGUCGACUGCCCAACAGAAUCUCAUGUACAGGAAUUAUUAUCCACACGGUCCCUCAAUAAUUAUUAUGCCGAUUCCUCAUCUAAUGGAACAGAGACUACAAAGACUGUGAACUGUGUCAUUCAUUUAAGUCCUACCUCUAUUGUGAGAAGUCCUCUUUAUCAGAAGUGGAUGAAGAAACUUGGCUCGGCAGAGCAUAUUAUCGCUGGACAUGAAAUGAAGAAUGUGGAAAUUCCCAUUUUGAAAUCGAGUGCUAGAAUAGCAGCACGACUUAAUUACAUGUGUCCUCAGUUCUUUCCAGCCCCAGGAUUUUGGUCUCUUCAACAUUUUGAAAAGUCGUCAUCAGAUUCUGUUAUUCAGAGUGAGGCUCCUGUUGCAAAGCUAUGUGAAAGCAUUUCUGCUGAAAAUCUCUUGAAGUACACUUUGCGUCCUUAUGCUCAUCUUGGAUUGGAUAGAUCUUGUAUUCCAAGUUUGAUGUCUCCAUCAGAUGUCAUCAAUGAGCUACUCUUAGAGACUCCAGAUAUUGCUGAUGCUGCCCGACUGAUCAGGAAUUUAUGGCAUGAGUAUCGAGAAACAAAGGAGGAGAUUCAUCCGGUAGAAGGUAAUGGAGUUAUGAUUGAAGAACCGUGGCUAGAUGAGAAGACAAAGCCUCCUUGUUUGGAAAACAUAAGGAGGGAUGACCUGGAGAUUGUUCUUCUGGGAACAGGUUCGUCCCAGCCUUCUAAGUAUAGGAAUGUUAGCUCUGUCUAUAUCAAUUUAUUCUCGAAAGGGAGUUUGCUCUUAGAUUGUGGGGAAGGAACGCUGGGACAACUAAAACGAAGAUAUGGAGUGGAAGGUGCUGAUAAUGCUGUAAAGAAUCUGAGUUGCGUUUGGAUUUCUCAUAUACAUGCUGAUCACCACACGGGUUUAGCCAGAAUUCUUGCUCUGCGACGUGAUUUGUUGAAGGGAGUGCCUCAUAGACCAUUACUUGUUGUUGGACCGCGGCAGCUUAAGAGAUAUCUGGAUGCAUAUGAAAGACUUGAAGAUCUAGAUAUGCAGUUCCUUGAUUGUAGAAACACCAUGAAAGGUUCAUGGGAAGCUUUUGAGGAAAAUAAUGAAUCAAAUAAGGAUAGCUUAUCUACAGGAAGUCCAGAUAAUUUAGAGGAAAUGAGCAAUAGAGUAACAACGAAUAUUGAGUCUACUAUAUUUGCUAGAGGUAGUCCAAUGCAAAGCUAUUGGAAGAGACCUGGUAGCGCAGUUGACAAUAGCCCGGCAUUUCCAUUAUUGAAGACAUUGAAGGAAGUGCUAACAGAAGCAGGAUUGGAGACUUUGAUUAGUGUCCCGGUGGUGCACUGUCCUCAGGCAUUUGGUAUUGCCUUGAAGGCGUCAGAGAGAAGCAAUAGUGUUGGAAAAGUGAUACCAGGAUGGAAGAUUGUGUACUCAGGUGACACAAGGCCUUGCCCUGAACUGGUAGAGGCAUCUCGUGGAGCUACGGUUCUUAUACAUGAGGCGACGUUCGAGGACGGAAUGAUGGAGGAGGCUGUGGCAAAAAACCACAGCACAACAAAGGAAGCCAUAGAAGUUGGAGACUCUGCUGGUGCAUAUCGCAUCAUCCUCACCCAUUUCAGCCAAAGAUACCCCAAAAUCCCUGUAUUUGAUGAUACCCACAUGCACAAAACAUGCAUUGCGUUUGACAUGAUGAGUGUUAACAUAGCAGAUUUGCCUCUUGUCCCUAAAAUUCUUCCAUAUAUUAAGCUGCUCUUCAGGAAUGAGAUGGUAGUUGAGGAUGAAUUAGAUGAUGCUAUGAACGCUCUAACUGCCACUUUGUAAAUAAUUAAUGUAUUCUAAAUUAUUGUAAUUGAAUUUUUCCUUAAUAGAGUUUCGAUUUUUGUUGAA